AUGCUGUGCGGCCCCUGGAGGAGGUGCCGCGGCCGGCCCGAGGAGCCCCCGAUGUCCGCCCGGGUCGCCGCGCCCCUGGAGCUCCCGCCCUCGUCCCCGGAGUGCGGCGCCAGGAGGCCGGGGCUGCGCGCCCUAAAGAAAAUGGGCCUGACAGAGGAUGAGGACGUGCGCGCCAUGCUACGGGGCUCCCGGCUCUGCAAGAUCCGCUCGCGCACGUGGCACAAGGAGCGGCUCUACCGGCUGCAAGAGGAUGGCCUGAGUGUGUGGUUCCAGCGGCGCAUCCCGCGCGCACCCUCCAAGCACAUCUUCUUCGUGCAACACAUCGAAGCUGUCCGCGAGGGCCACCAGUCCGAAGGCCUGCGGCGCUUUGGAGCCGCGUUCGCACCCGCGCGCUGCCUCACCAUCGCCUUCAAGGGCCGUCGCAAGAACCUGGACCUGGCAGCCCCCACGGCCGAGGAGGCACAGUGCUGGGUGCGCGGCCUGGCCAAGUUGCGUGCACGGCUGGACGCCAUGAACCAACGGGAGCGGCUCGACCACUGGAUCCACUGCUACUUGCACCGGGCUGACUCGGACCAGGACAGUAAGAUGAGCUUCAAGGAGAUCAAGAGCCUGCUUCGGAUGGUGAAUGUGGACAUGAAUGACAUGUACGCCUACCGCCUCUUCAAGGAGUGCGACCAUUCCAACAAUGAGCGGCUGGAGGGGGCAGAGAUUGAAGAGUUCCUGCGGCGGUUGCUGAAGCGCCCAGAGCUGGAGGAGCUGUUCCACCGGUACUCAGGCGAGGACCGCGUGCUUAGUGCCCCAGAGCUGCUGGAGUUCCUGCAGGAUCAGGGCGAGGCCGGCGCCAGCCUAGCCCGUGCCCAGCAGCUCAUCCAGACCUAUGAGCUCAACGAGACAGCCAAGCAGCAUGAGCUGAUGACGUUGGACGGCUUCAUGAUGUACCUGCUGUCACCGGAGGGGGCUGCCCUGGACGCUGCCCACACCUGUGUGUUCCAAGACAUGGACCAGCCCCUCACCCACUACUUUAUCUCUUCCUCCCAUAACACCUAUCUGACUGACUCCCAGAUUGGGGGGCCCAGCAGCACAGAGGCCUAUGUCAGGGCCUUUGCCCAGGGCUGCCGCUGUGUGGAGCUGGACUGCUGGGAGGGGCCCGGUGGGGAGCCCAUCAUCUACCAUGGCCACACGCUCACCUCCAAGAUCCUCUUCCGGGAUGUGGUCCAAGCCGUGCGUGACCACGCCUUCACGCUGUCCCCGUACCCUGUCAUUCUGUCCCUGGAGAACCAUUGUGGGCUAGAGCAGCAGGCUGCCAUGGCCCGCCACCUCCGCACCAUUCUGGGGGACAUGCUGGUGACACAGGUUCUGGACCCCCAGAACCCCGAAGCACUGCCAUCCCCAGAGCAGCUCAAAGGCCGGGUCCUGGUGAAGGGCAAGAAGCUGCCGGCUGCCCGGAGUGAGGAUGGGCGGGUUUUAUCAGACCGAGAAGAGGAGGAGGAGGAGGAAGAAGAAGAGGAGGAGGCAGCAGAGCAGAGAAGGCAGACCAAGCAGAUCUCCCCGGAGCUGUCUGCCCUCGUUGUGUACUGCUGUGCCACCCCCCUGCGGAGCCUCGGCCCUGGCCCCGACCCCUCUCAGCCCUGCCAGGUCAGCUCUCUCAGUGAACGCAAGGCCAAGAAGCUCACCAGGGAGGCAGGAAACAGUUUCGUGAGGCAUAACAUGCAGCAGCUGACCCGCGUGUACCCGCUGGGCCUGCGGAUGAACUCGGCCAACUACAGCCCCCAGGAGAUGUGGAACUCGGGGUGCCAGCUGGUGGCCUUGAACUUCCAGACACCAGGCUACGAGAUGGACCUCAAUGCCGGACGCUUCCUCAUCAACGGUCAGUGUGGCUACGUCCUGAAGCCCACCUGCCUGCGGCAGCCUGACUCAACCUUUGACCCUGAGUGCCCUGGGCCUCCCAGGACCAUCCUCACAGUCCAGGUGCUGACUGCCCAGCAGUUACCUAAGCUGAACGCUGAGAAGCCCAACUCCAUAGUGGAUCCGCUGGUGCGCGUGGAGAUCCACGGGGUGCCAGCGGACUGUGCACGCAGGGAGACCAGCUACGUGCUCAACAACGGCUUCAACCCCCACUGGGGGCAGACCCUGCAGUUCCAGCUGCGGGCCCCUGAGCUGGCACUGGUCCGCUUCGUGGUGGAAGACUACGACACUACCUCCCCCAACGACUUUGUGGGCCAAUUUACACUGCCGCUCAGCAGCCUGAAGCAAGGGUACCGCCACAUCCACCUGCUUUCCAAGGAUGGAGCAUCCCUGGCUCCCGCCACGCUCUUCGUCCACGUCCGCAUCCAGGGCUCCUAAGGGCCCAUGUGCCCCCUGGCUCUGCUGAAGGAAGGGGGUGUGCAUGCCGGUGUUGGUCUCACCCUGCUGUGGAGGCAUGCCUUCUAGGACCUCCCCAUUGCU